AAAAAAGUCAUUUCAAUCAUGUGUUUCAUUGAAUAAGAUAUUGUGUAUUGAAAACAAACAAUAAACCGGACAACAGAUGCCAUCGGUGGACGAAUUUCCCGAAUCGGAGGUCAAGUUCGAGGCCGACAACAGUUUGCCGAACAACUCAUGGCUGGUGAGACCGUGCGAAAGAUAUCACUUUCAGUACAAAGAUUGUAAAUCCAUCAAAGCCCGUGUUCAUCAGUACUUCAUAUUUGGACAAUCGAUUGAUUGCAAUCAAUGGUACGAAGAUUACAUGAAUUGUUUGGACUAUCGCAAGACAACGGAUGUCAACUCAUUGCAAAAGGUCAUCGACAGCGAAAUGAAACGAAAAGACGAUCGAUUGGCAACUGUCAGGCAGAACGAUGUCUGGGAGUAUAGAAACAAACCACCGGAUGACUGGUCAAAACCAUUACCGAAAUGGUUUCAAGAGAAGACUAAAUCGUCAGUUUUGUUUCAAAAACAACAGCAAAGAGAAGAACUCAAGAAAAAUAAGUCUAAUUUACAACAAAAAGAUGAAAAUGAAAACAAAAAAUUUUAAUCAAAAAUAAAUAAAUAUUCAAAAAUCAUUUUAUUCAUUAUAAUU